CAAAGUGUGACUACCGCAAGCAGUUCGCAACCGGCGCGACCGGCGUCCCGCGGUGGGCAAGGUGUCAGUGACCCGCACCACCACCUCCACCACCAUGUCCUUUCGCUGGUGGACGGACACGGUUGGGCGGUGGGCGGCUCGCAGGACCACCGCCAGCGGCACUCGACGGUCGCAGGGCAGCUGAGCGCUGUCGUGCGACAGGCGCAUUGUUGCGUGCGGCAGCAUGCCGCACCAUCGCUCGGUGGGGACAGUGAGUGUGUGCAGUUCGGGGCCGGUGAACGACGGCGGAGCAAAACGACGCCUCGGGCGCGUAGGUCAGGGACGGCGGGCAGGCGAUCGGCAGUGCCAGUGGCGACGGUCGUAUGGAUUGUGCUGUCGCAGCUCAUUCACGUCGGCAGCGUCGCGGCAUCCCAAGCGCUCGAUGCUGACCCGGGCAACAGUAACGCCAGUAACGCCGGUAACGCUUACGGUAAUCGGUUCGGCCGUUUGCUGCUCAACGGUACGCGCUCGGUGGGAGGAGCGGGGCCGUCGUUGCUCGGUGCCAGCACUACCAUCCUCACCACCGAGCCGGCACCGUUCGAUGGAGGGGUGGCGUUUGCCGCUGCUGCUGCUGCUGAUGGGACCGCUUCCGCUGGCUUUAACGAUUCCAGCGAAAUGCCCCAAAUUCCGGAGUACAUCCGGGCGACGUCGAUGGUGUUCUGUAUCAUUAUCAUGUGUCUCGGCGUUAUCGGCAACGUUAUGGUCCCGAUUGUCAUACUCAAGACGAAGGAUAUGCGCAACUCGACCAACAUCUUCCUCACCAAUCUAAGCAUCGCCGAUCUGCUCGUUCUGCUCGUCUGCACACCGACCGUGCUGGUGGAGGUCAACUCGCCGCCCGAGGUUUGGGUGCUCGGGGAGGAAAUGUGCAAAGCGGUACCGUUCGUGGAACUGACGGUGGCACACGCGAGUGUCCUCACGAUUCUGGCGAUAUCGUUCGAGCGCUACUACGCCAUCUGCGAGCCGCUCAAGGCCGGCUACGUCUGCACGAAGACGCGCGCCCUGCUAAUCUGCCUUGCGGCGUGGACUGUCGCCGCCAUCCUGACGAGUCCGAUCCUAUUCUUUGCCGAGUACAGCGUGCAGCCGUACCUGGACGGUAGCCGGGCGGCCAUGUGUCUGACGAAAGCGUCCAACGGCUGGACGUUCACCUUCUUCCUGAUGACGAUCUCGCUGUUCUUCGUGCUGCCGCUGGCCAUACUGGUCGUGCUGUACGCGAUCAUUGCCCGCAAUCUGAUCGCGAGCGACCGGUCGCGGCUCAAGAUCCGGCUCAGCAAGCCCGAGCUUAGCCACAAGGCCCGCAAGCAGGUGGUGCUGAUGCUGGGCGCGGUCGUGCUCGCCUUCUUCACCUGCCUGCUGCCGUUCCGCGUGCUGACGCUCUGGAUCAUACUCGUGCCGGAGGAAACGUUCCAGCAGCUAGCUCCCGAGCGGUACUACAACCUGCUGUACUUUAGCCGCAUCAUGCUCUACCUCAACUCGGCCGUCAACCCGAUCCUCUACAACCUGAUGUCGUCCAAGUUUCGGAAAGGAUUUCUGCGGCUGUGCAGCUGCUCACAGUGGGCGGGCGGAGCGCACGGUCGCCGCAAGGGCCGCAACCGGUCGGCCACCUUUACCACCACUACCACCACCACCACCAAUACGACGUCGAGCUCCACGUACGGGGGUACGGGUCCGUCGCUCGCGCUGGGCAGUUGCCGGUACGACCGCAGCAGCGACAGUACCGAGGACGGUCCAAUCGGGCGGAACAAUGGGACGCAAAAGCUCACAUUAUCGCUGGACGAUUUGCGCCUGCAGCUGCCGGCCGAAGGCGACUGUUCAACACCACCAUCGCUCCCCGCACCCUCCUCCUUCUACCGCCUGAACCUGGUGCGCCAGUACUCGAGCCCGCUGCUGCUGCUCUCGUCCUCGCCCGCGCCGACCACCCAUCGCCCCACCAGUGCGUCCUGCCAUCGGGGCGGCGCAUUUAAGCGCCAGUUUAACGUGACCUUCGACGAACCGACGCUGGGCGACGGUGGCGGCAGUCUGCUAGCGUCCGCCGAAGCCGAACAGCUUCUCCUGCGUAUCGACCAGCAGCAGCAGCCCGAACCACGCAGCCAACCGUUGCGCAAUCCGCUGCGGAUCAAGUUUCCCCGCUUUCACGGUGCAGCGGCGCGCACCCGAUCGGCGGCGGGCGGGAAGCGCCGAAGCGGCAGUAAUGGGCGGACGACCGCAACCGUAAAGCAGCUGUCGCUGGACGAAACUUUACUGACGGCGGCGAUGGCGGGGCGAAAAGUUUGACAAUUCCAGCCGAUGGACGCGUGUUCGAUUGGAAGCGAAAGUGGCCGCCGUUCGUGUCCUUCCCCGUGGGGACGAAGCUCGGCACGAGCUGGUACGAAACGUUCUUCCCCCCCGUGGUGUCGCUUUUGCGGUCGUCGUCGUCGUCAUCGUCGUCAUCGUCGUGGUCGGCCACUUCUAAUUGAGUUUCGCUGUUUUGGUCCCAGGAUCGGUGUGCGGGUGGUCUCGGCCUUUGCGCGUCGCCGCCGGCCCGAACGGGGUGAAGGUGUUGAAGGUCGAAGGGUUUCCUUCCGGCCGCGACGGUCACUGACCUUUCGCCUCGAAGAAAGAAGCUCGUGAGGUGUGUCGUAAAAGCGGCAAAGGGCGAGCGAAAGCUAACCGAAGCGAAGCGGCACGGGAUGGGGCACGGAUCGUUGCAUUUUGGUUGUUGCUGCUGUUGUUGUUUGGUUACAUUGUGGGAAAGUGGCCAAACGUCGGCUCGUAUAAUCGUCACCCGGUAAUAAGCAGCAGCGUUAUCGUUACUCCCAUGUUUUAAGGGAUCGCUCCUCGCACCAGCGCCGUAACGUGUUUGCACCUUACGGGUGCCACCACAAGCUCUUUAGCGGGAGAAUGUCUAUACCAAAAAUGAAGAAAAGGAAGGCGAAAACGAGCAGGAAAAACAAACAAAAGGGAAGGAAAAGUACGAGACGGAAAUGUGAGAAGGAUGGAGGAAAGCGAAAAAACACACACACACACAUACCGAAUCGCCAAAUGGCCAUCGCCGUAAAUGGUCGAUUGCAUUUACUUUACCAUUCGAAAUGCUAGUCCGGGAGCAAAGUGGGCGGAAGUGGGUGGGUGCGCUGUAACCAGAGAGGCAUGUGUAGCGAUAUUAAAUAGUAUUUUCAGCCGGGUCAGGCGUUCCAGGGGGGCGUUUGUGUGUGUCUGCCAUUUUUGGUAAUGUGAAGGAUUUCCUCCCCGGAAAUGAUUUCAGUUUCGGUUUGAUUGUUUUUAGAUUUUUAUUUUUCCUUUUCUAUGUAUUUAAUGUCAGCGUCUUUAUUCGAUGCUUAGCAGUAACAGAAGCAUGAUUGUUGAUCCGCGUGCAGCGUGUAGGGGGGGUGGGCUAGUACGUUAUGUUGUAGCGUGUUGUGUAUUAUACGUUUUAUUUAAUCUAUUGUUUAGCAUAACAACUACCGAACAAAAAUCAAAGGAACAACGCAAGUAUGCAAUUAUUGAAAUCGAAUAAUAAAAAAAACCAAUAGCUUUACUGUGGCCGACGACCGGAUAUAAGAACACGAAUCGAAACGGUAAUUUAUUGUAUUAAAAUAAACCCACGCGUGCCAACAUCAACAAACGAUCAAGUUCGAUCAUCAGACACCGAACAAAACGAGUUGUUUACCCUUCCCACUCGAGCGAGUUUGAUUUUCUGGCUGGCAAAAUUAGCUUCACACAGUCGACUGGUUGCUACUAGCAACAAACUUCUUCCUCGAGUGUCAUUGCUUUCCCAGCAGCUGAUGCUGAAGUUUGGGGCGGUGCGGUGGUGAUGUUUUACUUGCAAACGCCAGCAGCACUUACACUGCGCCCGCUGUAUUCUAUCUCGCUCUCUUUCUCUCUCUAUCUGUCUCUUGGACCGCCUUGGGCAGGAUUAUAAUUUACAGUCCUUUUGGGCAAACAGAGCUUGAUCUGUUUAUAGCACGCCAUCAUCAUCCUCAUCAACAGCAUCAUCAUCAUCAGCGUCGCUGCCACGAGACGGGCCGGUACGUUACGUUGAGCAAACACCGUCAAUCCGUCCGAGAUAAACGGGGCAAAGCGUCUGAAUUGUUUCGACUUGUUGAAAUACUCAGUGGUGCCGGUGGGAAAGCGAAGGUACGCUUAAAGGGAAGCAAACAUUAAGCAACUGUUUUUUAGUCCCAAACAUUGUAGCCGGUCUUGUAGCUAGGGUUGGUGGACCUAAUUGACAAACAUUAAACACGACAAACGAUUAAAUUAUGGCACAUUCAACUGCCUCACCAUUUGCGCCCCAAUACCUUGGUUUUUAGUCCCAAGAUCGAAUGAGAUUUGCCGCGUCGCCGCACAUUUGUCUUGCUCACGACCGGGAUGACAAUAUUUCACAACACCUUUGACUUCGUUUAACGUGCACGCACGAGCACGGCACUGGCAUGCCAUAAAUAAAAAGAAUUACAUACAGCCCCAAACACCCACAAAAAAAAAUCAACACAAACUGUUCGAAAAACUGACCGGCUGGCCACCGAUAGGUUUUGGUUCGCAAUGUAAGUAGACAGACGGGGGAGGAAAAGUUAUCUCGCACAAACGACCGUAAGUCUCAUCUAUUACCGGACGGUAUCUGCCAGUGACAGGGAGGACAACAUUCGUGAUAACACACCGGCUGCCGGUACGUGCCGUGCCGGUUUGAUGCAUGUGCCCAUGUAUCGGUUAGAUUAGUUUUGUCCCAUUGGCAAGGAUAUCCGGAAGCGUGAUUUGGCAGCAAAAGGUGUUGAAUGUUAAUCACUUCACAGAACGAUACACUUCAGUAAUGAUGACCAUUUCAACGGCCGACUCUGUAAAUAUUCCAGCAGUUUGUUUCGAUACGCAUUUUCUCUUUCAAAUCUCACCGUUCAUACCCAUUCACUGUAAAUUGUAGCUGAUUGUAGCUGAUUCGUAACGCAUCUACUUUAUUAGUAUAUUGUUCACCACUUUUGUGCACGUAAAUGUUGAAAGAGCGUAAUGAUCACAAGCAAUGUGUGGCGCAUGUAGUAGCAAACACUCAGUGGAGAUUAACAUCGCUGCAGAAGUGGGAUUGCCCCUUCCCAGUCGUGCGUUGGUUUUGCUAUUGGAAAAAUGAACAAAAUCCGGGUAAGAUUUGUUUGCUGUAUACACAAUCAUAUAAAUGCACCAAUACUAAAUUAAAUUGUUUCACAUCUAACCAAUAACCCGUCCAAACGUCCUUUAUCUCCUUCCCCGGGACGGUAAGUAUGAGCAAUGACAAUAAAUGUUGCAGGCAAAGUACAAUACUGUCGCUACCAAAUUCUUACCACUUCUCCGAAACGAUUAGCUGCAGACAUUCGGGUACGGGGUGAGGUUGAGUUGUGCGACAUUCCUUUUCCCUCGUAUUCGCAAAUGCAAGGCAAGAGGACAGCGCUAUGUAGGCUGCCGUAUCUGAGGAUGAAAUAUUACAGUUUUGUUGACACUUUUGCACAGUUUUGUUGACACUUUUGCACAGUUUGUUGAAAGUUCGGUUGGAAUGUACCCGAAUGCUGCUUUUUCGGCCAUUUUCACUCCGACUGUCCGACCACUACGGUAGCAACCAGGCGUCUCCACGCUCAACCGACGCGUGGAAGAAUGUCCCUUGUCGUACGAACGACCAUGCGCCUCCAUGGGAAAACGAGGAUGUGAACAAACUAUCUGGCCCCAAAGCUCGCGUGCGCUCGAUUACAUUGCAAACGGCUGUAAAAUGUAUGCAAUUAAUGUGCUGCUUUGGAAAGUAUGCCCUGCUCUAGUGGUAGUAAUUUAAUUCGAAAUUAUACGAUCACCAGAAUCACUUGUCAACCCGUCGUGAUGUGGGGUGAAGGUUUGUAGUUUACAACGAGGGUUUAAUGCCCGGUCAUGUGAACGAUGAAUUUGUCAAAUGCUGCACGAAACUAUUUGCAACAUAAAUUGCUUUCAUUUGCCGAUAAGGGGCCUCAAAAUUGUUGCCAAAAAUUCCAUUUACAAAAAAAGGCAAGUGCCAUCGGACUGUUUUGCCUGUAUGUUUAUCCCAGAAAGUACCACACAGCACAAACUCAUAAUCAAUUCAAUUAUUCCACCCGCAGCAUCAUCACCACCACCAAGCGCCCUUAAGCAGCGAUAAUUUGCGAAUGAAUGAGUGCAGGAACAUUUCUAGAAACGAAAACUUGAACGAUAAAAUACUUACCCGCGCAAGUGUAAAACCUCGUACCGAGUCGCUGCUCCACAGGCAUGUGAAUGCUCUGUGUGCUUCCUCAUGCUUCGCCACAGUGCUUUCCCUCCGAUUUGUUUUGCUCGUGUACGCUUACAGGCUAGCUGUGAGCUUUCGUGUGAGCACGAUCGGCGCGCAAAGUUUUCACUCCUCAGCCAAAAAAAAAAAGGCAGAGAUUAGAAAGUUUGUGGAAAGCAGGGGAGGGAAAAUCUACCCUCGCUAGAGAGUGUGGGAAAAUCUUUUUUCGUUUAUUCUACACUAAGACACAGUACACCAAACUUUACCCUUGAAAUGCAACCACCCAGACAGCCGCUCGAACUGCGUUCGAAUGGAAAAUGUAUCUUCCCCCAGACUGACUCACGCAAUAUGAAACUCUCUCUCUCUCUCUCUCUCUCUCUCUCUCUCUCUCUCUCUCUUACUCUCUCUCUUUUUCGCUCUCUCUCUCUCUCCCUUUCUCUGUCUCCCCGCGAAGCGAGCGAGACGAGACAAUUCCGGGAAAACGACAGUACCGA